UUUCAAGAACAUGAUUCUCAAUGUUAUGAUAAUGAAGAAAAUAACAUUAAGAAAACACGCGAGGCAUUAUUGACUCAAAUGUCGCAAACAGAUGAAUAUUAUGAACAAUGUACAAUAUAUCCUAUGUAUGAAAAAAGAAUAAAUGAACCUGCAACUAAACUUUAUCAAAUGAAGAAAAUUCAAGAUAUUCCAUUGGAUAAUCAUAAUAAAGAUUUGGGUACAAAAUGUUUUCCUGAUUUAUAUCCAUAUGGUGUAAAUGGACAGCAUGAAGAUAGAUGUGUCCGGAUAACUGAUUUCGAAUAUAUUAAAUUAAGACUUAUGUCGGAACACUCGGAAUUUCGGACAAAUCCACAAUUUCUUUUCUAUUCAUUACAUGAUACCAAUAUGCGACAAUUAAAUGCUGGCAUAUUUCAUAAACUGAAUGUUACUAAUCCUCGUGAAAAGUAUACAGCUGCUACUUAUUUGGAGCAAUUAUCUACCCAGCAGCUUGAAUCUAGCUUAAGUACUAUAUUUUCUAAGUUACGGAAUACAGAACAAUAUUGGAGAAUACAUAGAGGCAAUUUGCGUUGUAUGAUAAAUAAUUACGGACCUGCUACUUGGUUUCUUACUCUUAGUCCAUGCGAAUGGUUAUGGACCGAUUUGAUAGAAUAUCUUCGAGAAAUAAAUGAACCAAUUUCCAAUGAAAAAUCUGCAAACGAACUUAUUACAUUCGAUCCUGUAUCAACUUCCAGAUUCAUAGAUAAUAAAUUUAAAGCUAUGCUUGAUUUUAUUUGUUCACCUGAUAAUCCAAUCGGAGAGGUCACUCAUUACUUUUGGCGUCGUGAAUAUCAAGGCAGAGGUAUGCAGCAUUUUCAUUUGUUAAUUUGGAUAAAAGAUGCUCCGGUAAUUGGUACAUCUUCUAAUGAAGAAAUUGCAUCUUUUAUCUUAAAAUAUGUCACUUGUAGAAUGCCAAAUAAAGAAUUAUCACCGGAAUUAUAUCGACGUGUAAAUACACAUCAACGACAUAAACAUAAUGAUUACUGCUUGCGUACUAAAAAAACUAAAGUAGGUUUUUCGAAAGUAUGCAGGUUUGGCUUUCCAAGAUCCGUAGCAAAUACUUUGAAAAUUAGAGAUGUUGCUGUUUCAAUAGCGGAUAGAAGAAAGUUGAAAACAAAAAGCAGAUUGUAUGAUCUGCCACGAUCCAAAGAAGAAAUCAAUAUUAAUGAUUAUAAUCCAGCUAUACUUGUUGCUUGGGAAGGAAACAUGGAUAUUCAAUUUGUAGGUGAAAAAUCUACGUUAUUAACUUGGUAUACUACAAAAUAUGUUUCCAAAGCAGAAAAGAGUAAUAAUGCAGAAGAUACAUUUCAAAAGAUAAAUUCAACAAAAUCGUUGAGAAGUUGUCUUUGGAAUAUUGGAGUGCGCAUGUUGAAUCACAGGGAAUGUGGAGCUCUUGAAGCUGCUGACACUUUGUUAGGAAUAUCAUUAUACGGUACUGACAAGGAAACGACUAUAAGAUGGUUAGAUGUAAAUAUGAUUAGAAGUAGAAAAGGUAAGUCUCGCAAAGAGAUUGAAAUGUUAAAUUUUCAAUCUAUCGAUAUUUUUUGUCCUUCUUUAAUUGAUACAUAUUAUCCGAGCAGACCUAAACAACUAGAAUCUACUAAUUUGUAUGAUUAUGCAAAAUGGUAUGAUAUUACGAAAGCUAAACCAAUUUCUACGAAAAUAAAGUAUUACGUGCUCGGUGAAUCUUUAUAUUUAAAGAAACGUAAACGUGGAUAUCUUAUCAAUCAUUACAGAUACAAUGUCCAUACUCAACCAGAGAGAUAUUAUUUUUCAUUGUUGUUAUUAUUUCAGCCUUGGAGAGAUAUUAGUGAAUUAAAGAAUGAAUGUGAUAGUUAUGCAGAAGCAUUUUCUUUAGUACAAUUUAAAUUUAAAGAUGCUCUUCAGUAUCACGAAAGAAUAAUCGACAUUCAGCAAGGUAUGGAUAAUAUUGGAGAAUUAAUUCAAGAAAAAAUUACAGAAAUUAGAAAAGAUGAAAAGGAAAAUGACUGUCUUGAAAAUUGUCCAUUAGAAUGUGUUCCUGUCGAAGUUGAAGGGGCAAUGAGGGACUUUAAAGAUGUUGGUAAUAAAAGUGAAGUUAACGUCGAUGAAAUGGUGACGCAAUUAAAUACUGAUCAAAAACGAAUCUGUGAUAGAAUUACUGCUGCUUUAUCUGAUACUAAUAAUAAUGAAGUUCUUCGACUUUAUGUUAGCGGUGAAGGUGGUACUGGAAAGAGUUUUUUGAUCAAAACUAUUAGAUGUUGGAUUAAAAAAUAUAUUACAGACAAAGACACAGCGGUAACUGCACCAACCAGUAUAGCAGCUUUUAAUAUUGAUGGACUUACUAUUCAUAGAUUAUUUCAAUUGCCAGUAGAACAUGGCCGUACUGCUAAAUAUAAACAACUUUCUGAUAUAGCUCUUAAAGUUAUACGGGACGAACUUAAUGUUGUUUUAAUAAUUAUCGAUGAAGUUUCAAUGAUUUCAAAUAUCACUUUAAUGUACAUACAUCUUCGACUAACAGAGAUAUUUAAUACCAUGGAUUGUGAUAAUGGAUGGUUCGGCAAAAAACAUAUACUUCUUUUUGGAGAUUUAUUGCAACUUCCACCUGUACAUGAAGAUCCGCCUUUUAUUGAAUUAGCAAAAUUACAAAUUCAGAAGUAUGUUGGUGCAAUGGGCUCUGUAAAUUUAUGGUCUUUAUUCACUUAUGAUGAAUUACAAAUUAAUGUGCGACAACAAGGUGAUGACUCUUAUCGACAUAUAUUAACGAGAAUUCGAGUUGGAACAGUAACAGAAAAUUUACCAAUGGAUGCAGUUUGUUUACUUCCAACUUGUGCAUUAUGUGAUAUUUUGAAUACUGCAAUGUUAGAUCGUAUUUCUUCGGAUAAGAUAGAACUCGUUGCUCAAGAUCUGGCAGAAUGUGCAUCAUAUUUAAAGAAAAAAGUUAUGAAAAUAUUAAAUAAAGACGAUGAAGAUAGUUCUCGAACAGCUGGAUUAGUAAGAAUCAUAACUGUCAAAGUAGGAGCGCGUGUAAUGAUUAGAAAAAAUAUCGAUAUUAGUUUAGGUCUUGUGAAUGGUACCAUUGGUACAAUUACAUCAAUUAUACGUAGCGCAAUUGACAAUAAAGUAGAAAAAAUAAAGAUAAGAAUGUCAUCAGGAAUAGAGCAUAUUAUAGAACGUGUAAGUGUCAAAUUUGAAGUAAUGGAUAGAGCAUUUGUUAUAAGAAAACAAUUUCCUAUAUGUCUAAGUUAUGGUAUGACUAUCCAUAAAAGUCAAGGCUUGAGUUUAAAGCAUGCUAUUGUGGAAGCUGGAAAUUCUAUAUUCAGUUGUGGACAAAUAUAUUAUGUCGCUCUUUCACGAGUGACUACGUUGAGUGGAUUGCACCUUAUAAAUUUUGAUCCCCCUCUUCUGUAAAAGCAAAUGAGUUAGCUAUAAUAGAAUAUAACAGAUUACGAAUACAAUACAGGCCAGAUCUUAUUCAUAUUAAUAUUUUGAAACAACGUGUUCA